CGUAUGUCGUACGUGUUCUUGUCCGCGGUGAUAUAGAUGUGAGUGCUGUUUCGACCAGGCAGAAUGCUGCAGCUGCCCGUUCAGAUUCUUUCCCACUCGCCGAGCGCCUAUCUUGCCCGAAUGUUACGCCUUAUCUGCGGCUCGGUGAGCGGCCAUUCAGCGGCAACAACCUAGGCCAGAUGGAACGCCGGGCAAGCCUCCGAGUGGCGUGUUCAUGGUGUUAUAACAGGAAUAUGGUGUUGUGACCAUGUGCAGGUGCAGGCUGAUGUCGCUGGUUGUAGUCUCUUUCAUCUUCACUCCAGCACGGGCCGCUCUCGGGGCCGAGAGUGCGCGAUGGACUUCGACUUGGUCAUCACAAACGGAAUCAUUGUGACUGCUAGCGAAGUGUUACCAUCCGGCUUGCAGAUCGGUGUCCGUGAUGGUAAGAUCUCCUGCAUCGGCACUAACUUACCUUGUGGCGGAAGCACCCAGGUGAUUGAUGCGGAAGGGGCAUACAUCACCCCUGGCGGAGUCGACAGCCAUGUACAUUUGGCUCAGAAGAAUGCGCCAACCGGCGACGGAUGGGAGACUGGAACCAGGAGUGCCAUAGCUGGCGGCACGACCACGAUCAUCGCUUUCGCCUCGCAAGAGAAAGAGGACCUUUCGCUUUGGCCGGUGUUGGAUGAGUACAUCAAGGUCUCCAAGGAUCAAAGCUACUGCGACUACGGUUACCAUUUCAUUUUGACGAAUCCGACGGCCGAAAUCUUGCAUAAUGAAGUGCCCUUGCUGGCAAAGGACCAUGGGAUCACAAGCGUUAAGCUAUACAUGACCUACGAUGCCAUGAAGGUGAACGACCGGGAAGUGCUCGACAUCUUGUUCACCUGCAAAGCCCUAGGAAUGACCACCAUGAUCCAUGCUGAGAACCAUGACAUGAUUGCGAAGCUCAUUGAGGGGCUCGAACGUAACAAGAACACGGAACCUUACUUCCAUGCCGUCGCCCGUCCACGUAUUGCAGAAGACGAGGCUUCGUAUCGCGCAAUAUCUUUGGCCGAGCUCGCAGACGCGCCGAUGCUCCUUGUGCAUAUGAGUUCCGAUGUGGCAGUACAACAUGUGCGAGAUGCGCAAGGAAGGUUGCUGCCAAUCCACGCUGAGACCUGCCCGCACUAUCUGUUCCUGUUGUCGGACAAGCUGAAAGCCGAGCCUCACGAUCACUUUCACGGGGCGAAGCACGUAUGCUCUCCACCCCUACGGCACUCUCCAGAUGACCUUGAGGGGUUAUGGCGAAGCAUAGCAAACGGGACGUUCACGACCUUCUCAUCCGAUCACGCUCCAAGCAAGUACGAUGUGCCAGGCGGUAAGCGUCUUGGUUUAGUUGACGGCAUUCCGCGCUUCACACGGAUUCCGAACGGGCUGCCCGGGAUCGAGACCCGGAUGCCUUUACUAUUCGGUCAGACGCCCGCUUGCCAGACGCCGGAGCAGGCGCGGUUGAGCCUACCGCGCUUCGUGCAGCUAACGGCCACGAAUCCGGCGAAGCUAUACGGACUCGACGGUCGCAAGGGUAGUAUAUUGCCAGGCUAUGAUGCUGACUUGGUGAUCUGGCAUCCUGGGGACACCGGGUCGUGCGUUAUCAAGCAGGCGAAUCUGCAUCAUGAUAUGGAUUACACGCCUUUUGAGGGUAUGCCUGUCGGUAACUGGCCCAGAUACACCAUUCUACGAGGCCAAGUCGUGUGGGAUCAAGCUAAGGGCAUCCUUGGUAAGCUGCAAUACGGACAAUACCUCAAGCGCGGCAAAGGCGAGGUACUCACUGGAAGAACGGGCAACCUACCGAGAGGUAUGCUGGAGGAUGAGCGGAAGUAUUGGCGGUAGGCCCUCGAACUCAUGAUCUUUCUGGUGGCUUAUAUUGCUUUGCACGUUCCGCAAACGUGAAGGGCAACCUCAAGCAUCUUGCCCCAGCUCGAGUCCCGCAAACGCCCGUGUGCAGCAUAUUGAGGAAGUGUACAUUAAUCAUCCAUAUGUCGAGCCGAGACGUGCUUUCAUUGAAUGCCUCAGAAUCCGGCGGAACGCUAACCAUAACGAAUCGCUUUACUCAAGAGUGUCCUAGGCCAGGUUCGCGUCGCCACGUUUG